AUGUCACCCUUUGCGAAUCUUUCGACCUCCACUGCACAGCCAGGAGCACAAGCUUUUGGUACUUCACUCUUCGCGUCCGCUGGUUCCUCCCAAUUUGGCCGCAGUCAAGGCACCAGUACUACCUCUACAAAUGCGACACCAUUUCCGGAUUCCAGCGCGAAAUCAAAUUUCUUAUCUGGCACUGGCGGUGGAUUCGGUGGUACUCGCAGUCUUUUUGGACAGCCGAGUGCUAAUAACGGCGGUGAAUCAAGUGCCAGUUUUGGCUUUGGCAGUGGAUCUGGCACCAGAAACUCGUUUGGUACUAGCAAUGGAUCUGGUGCUCCUUUUGGACAGUCAGGCACUCCCUCAUUCAACAACAACAAUGACGGCAAGCAUAGCUCUCCAAAGCCUCCCAAAGCCAAGAGCUUCAAGAAUGGGUAG